GUGUGAACUUGUUCGUCUCUGUGUGCCCUGUGAUUGGCUGGCUACCAGUUCAGGAUGUCCCCACCCUACUGCCCGAAGAUGGAUGGGAUAGGCUCCAGCACCCCCACGGCCCUUGUGAGGAUACGCGGAUCGGAAAAUGGAUGGAUCGAUACAUAUUGUGCAGUUAUUUCCAUUUUCCAUAUAUUAAUCAUUUUUUUUGCCAAGCAAAAUGUAUUACAUCAGAGAGUAUGGACACUUCAGUUCCAUCAGAGCAUCCGCAAUGUAAAUGACUCCAAAUCUUAAUGAGCGCGGCUAAUUUCAUUGUCAUUUCACACACAGUCACGCUGGUCAGCCAGUUACUCACUCACUCAUUCCAACACAUUUUCUCUCUGUCUCACACUCCCCGUGUGCCUGCUCAGUAUCCUUGCAUAGCCUCGUCGUGGCUCUGGAAUUGGGUAAACAGCAAGCGUUGUCUUUGCAGGGAAGCAAUGAUGCAUGACACAGUGUGAAGGAAGGUGAUGAGAACAGACAGAGACAACCAAAAAAAUGAUUGUGAUGAGGAGAGUGUUUGUUGACAAUGGUGUGAUGUGGCUCUUUGAGAUAUUUUAUAAAUAAUCGUGUGUGUGUGGGGGGGGGGGUGCUUGGGGGAUAAAUACGGUGAUGAAGAGUGAGCGAGGGGAGGGGGAGGAGCAGAGAGAUGAAUCCUUUCCGUAAUCCUCUAGACACACGCUCGGUCUGGCUGCCUACUAGCUUUGAGAGCGCGAGAGAGAGCGAAAGCGAGUCAGGUGGAGGGUGCAAACAGAAGAACCAAGUUAAAGCAAGAUGAGGUGAGGAAAAGAAAAGGGAGCUGUCUCUUAUCAAGAGAAACAGAGAGAGGCAGUGUGGUAGAGUUCUUGCGCGACUUGAAGUGGAGCAAUCAGAAGCAGCGGAGAGAGCGGUUGAGGGAGCAGGAUUGGAGGAAGGCAACAGGAUGAUGCUUCUCUUCUCCGCUGCCUGAACCACAAGCAGGAGAGUAGGAAGGACUUACUCCAGCUUGGAUGAGAGGAAAAGAUGAAGAGGAUGGGAGGGAGAUGCAUCUCUCUUUUCAUUCAGGAUCACAUGAGCGUGUGGACAUGACCCCGGUUCGGUGUGACGAGCUGCUCUCAUCGAGUGUGUGGAGGCAGAGUAGUUGCGCUCGGGAGAUGGAUACACAUUGACACUAAUUGUGGCCGCUUCUUGAAAAUCAUCUGGAGACAAGCACCGGUCAGAGUGUGUGAUUGGACGCUGGCAGGUGCACUCCAAGGAAAGUGUGAAGACCCUCGUGGACAGCAGGUUCACAACAGCACAUUAAGUUGUACUGCCUCAGUGACACCCUCAAGUGCACUCGAAGAAGAGACUUGAAAGGUUGGCGGUCAGCCUUCUCACCCCAUUCCCCGGUGUAUGCCUCCAAACUGCAACCAUGGGAGAAUGGACCAUCCUCGAGCGCCUUUUGGAGGCGGCCGUGCAACAGCACUCUACUAUGAUAGGAAGGAUCCUCUUGACAGUGGUUGUGAUCUUCCGCAUCCUGAUCGUGGCUAUCGUCGGCGAGACGGUGUAUGAGGACGAGCAGACCAUGUUCAUCUGUAACACCCUGCAGCCGGGUUGCAACCAGGCGUGCUAUGACAAGGCCUUUCCCAUCUCUCACAUCCGCUACUGGGUAUUCCAGAUCAUACUGGUGUGCACGCCCAGCCUUUGCUUCAUUACCUACUCGGUCCACCAGUCGGCCAAACAGAGGGACCGCCGCUACUCUUUUCUCUAUCCCAUAAUGGAUCGGGACUACGGUGGACGGGAUGGAGCACGGAAACUCCGCAACAUUAACGGAAUUUUGGUUCAGCACGGCGGUGACGGCGGCGGUGGGAAGGAAGAACCUGACUGCUUGGAGGUCAAGGAGAUCCCCAAUGCCCCGCGAGGCCUCACACACGGGAAGAGCUCCAAAGUACGUCGACAAGAAGGGAUCUCUCGUUUUUACAUCAUUCAAGUGGUGUUCCGUAAUGCACUCGAGAUCGGAUUUUUGGCAGGCCAAUACUUCCUCUAUGGCUUUAGCGUGCCUGGGAUUUUUGAAUGUGACCGCUACCCGUGUCUGAAGGAGGUGGAGUGCUACGUAUCGCGGCCCACGGAAAAAACGGUUUUCCUGGUCUUUAUGUUCGCGGUGAGUGGCAUUUGCGUGGUGCUCAACCUGGCCGAGCUCAACCAUCUGGGUUGGCGCAAGAUAAAAGCGGCCAUCAGGGGCGUCCAGGCCCGCAGGAAAUCCAUUUGUGAGAUCAGGAAGAAAGACAUGGCGCAUCUGUCCCAACCGCCCAACCUGGGGCGCACACAGUCCAGUGAGUCAGCCUAUGUCUGAUGUUGAAGAGUAGAGGAAGAGGAGUGGGAUGAACGUGAGAAUGUGACAAUGAAGUAAUUAUGAUUCGAGUGCAACGAAGAUACCGCAAAGGCUCAAACCGGAUGAAUCACUCUCUGUGAUGACGGAACGACACCCGAGCAGCCACCUUGGUCACUUCAAGAGUUCAUUCAAGAAAUGGAAGACUCCAGAGACACAUAAAGACAGAAAUCACGAUGAACACAUUUUUAUCUCAUUUUCGAGAGAUAUUCUAACUACCAUUUUCUACUACGAGCUCUCUCUGAACUGGGAGAGACAAAUGCUCGCAGGGCUGGACAGGGAACAAGCAAACGAGGCUGCUUUGUGUUAUUUGGGGACACUGGGGGAGAGAUGAUGGCAGUCUCUUGACGCAUCCCAUGGUGCUUUUCUGGACUAUCUCCGCUUCACUGAAAAAAACAAAAAAAACAAAAAAAAAACAAAAACGGAUGGAUGGAACAGAGAUGAUGAGUGGCAACAGCGCGAAAACAAGGAACGGAAGACCUGUCAGAGGCACGAUAGGAGAAAAGAGUUUGUGAGUGUGAGAGACUAGGAGGGGGACAUGACGCUCUGGCAAAACGUGAAAGAGGGGACCAGAGGGUGCGUGGAUCCGUCGCUUCCUCCCGCGGCUGAAAAUGAAGCCAAGCGAGAGGGAGCUGCUUCUGAUUAUCGUCAUCCCCAUCCAAGCCAAAGCCAAGAGAAGAAUGAUGGUGUUUAUGUUUUGUCUCUUGGCAAAAUAUUCUUCUAACACAAACACAGCUAGUACCGUGAGCACAUUUUUUUUCCCACUCCUCUUUCCUAUCUCUCGCUCGCUCUUACACCAGAGUUGGCAGCUAUGUAGCGCCGAGGGGGGCUUCGGAUGACAGUAACGACCCUCGCUGCUCUCCUUCUACGUCGAUGUUGGAGAUGAACUCAUGAACACAUGGACUUGGUGUUGUAAAUGUUUGUCUCUCCCAAAGCACAAAGCAAACGUUCCUCCUCGCGGCGUUUCAGGGUGCUGAGGGUCGAGGGAGAUCCCGUCCAGAAGGACGCGUGGGAAAAGGGAACAGAAGGAGGACAGAGGACUUGAAAUGUAUCCAAAAUAUCACAAUGGGUUCUCAUUUUCUUUUUAGAAUGCAAUGGUGCCAUCAGUGAGAGACCGAUUUAUCGCUGAAAAGAUGAAUAGAGUAUAUGAGUGAUAUUUAUCCAUUUAGAGUAUAUCCAAAUAGAUUUAUUUAUCUUUAUGUGUGGGGCGUUUGUGGCAUUGUUUUUUUUUCCUACUGUAUGAAUUGUCUUUUUUUUUAAUGUUUCAUUUUCAUUUUUCUCAAUCUUUUUCACUGAUUAAACUGUUUAAUCGGCACAUGGAGGGAAGGGUUAUGAGUUUUGUUUGUUUGUCCAUCUUUUUGAGGAUAUGCACCUGAUUUUGUUUUACCCAAUGCUUUUACAUGUUUUUUUUUUUUGCUUGCUAAUUUGCAUUUCAAAUGCAACGAUCCAAUUUAACAUGUAGUUUUCCCACAGAGAGCCUCGAUUUGCGUUGUCAAAAUCAGCUGCACGGGGUUCAAGCAACUAAACUGAGGCCUGGAAGCCAUGUGAAAAAGGCAUGUUUACGUGAUGCAACGUUAUUGAAGCUGUUGUUUGGAGAGGUUUUUUUUUUUUUUUGGUGCAGUGAAACCCGUGAGCGGAUUUCAGCAUGCAUGCAAUGUAAAAGACAACUCAGAGAGCGCUCUGAAAGUAUCAGAAAAAAAAUUCAAAGUGUUGCACCUUGAUUUAUCAAGACAAGUGGGAGAGUGGUGGACUGAAGGAGUUUUGGCGGAGAAUUGCAGUUUAUGGGGCUAUAUUGGCGGUGUAGUGGAUAGUGGUACUGCCGCACAGCCUUAUCCAUUGUUAGUCUUACUGGUCGUCGGCCUACUUAUGUCUAGUUGAAAGUGAAAAAGCUCCCAUUAGGACACCUGUUCAUUACAUCGACACAACUGAACCAGUCUUUCGAAAUCGAUAUGUAGAAAAACUGAAGUUGAUUGGAGAAAAAGACGAGAGGGAAAAGUCUCCUCAUUUAGAAUCACUGCCGGCAUCAGAAAGAAUACUUUCUUAUCUCCAGCUGAGCGAUUAGAGCAACCGUGACCCUAACCAAGUUUCUACCAUUGAGCCUCCACUGUACUUGCAUUAGAUUUCAAGAGCGCUCUAAUUCAAGACUGUUUGUAAAACCCCCAACCUGAAGGGAUCAUUUAGGAAGAUAAAUUACUUUGCUGAAUUGGAGCCAAAACCGUCUUGGUGGUCCUUUGCAAAUUGAAUUGCUUUAUUACUGCCUUCUGAUUCUAUAGUCAUAUUGAAACAUUAAAUGCCAACAUUGUGACUCUAAAGUAUACAGGAUUUCGUUUCCUCUUAAUUCUGUGAGAAUAGGAGCAUACAGUACAGAGCCGUGGAGCGAUUACUCGUCCAUUCUUGUACCUCAGUGAGCCACCAACAAUAGUUGUCCUGAAUGCAAUGACUCAUGAAAAUUAUCUGAAGUCUUUUCUUGAAAACAUAAAAGGAUGAAUUCAACAACUGUUGUCCAACAUCCAUUAAAAUCAAGACUGCGCGCUUAGCACGAAUACAGUCAGCCUUGUAAAUGUGUGUCAUAACACAACAUGGCCUUCUCUUGUCAACAAGCACACGCUCCAGUCUGUCUUGGAACGACAAAGGACAAAGGAUGACGCUUAAAUCUCACUUCGCCACUCACUCACACUCUCAUUAUCUCUCUGGUUCUUCCAGGUGAUUAUCCCCAGAUUUAGACUCUUUCCAAGCAUCUUGGAUACUCCUCAUUUGGGAUUGAUGUGCUGUGCUGGGCAGAUACGCUGACAAGUACACUCCAGAAUAGCUAAGAAUAGAGUUGGAGUCUUGGCUUGCUCCUCAGUUCGAGCUCGCACUUGUAGUAAAAGGCUUAUCACUGACCUUGAACCUUAAAGCCAAGCCAAUGUCCUGUACUAUCUGCAGCUCCUUCUGCAGUCACCACCCAGAACUACUCUCAUCUCCGCAACGCAGGUCACUUCUGGCAUCCGACUCUAUUUUUAGAACAUGAUGGACACACACGUUGAGCUUGGCGUGCAGCUGCCUAAGAUUCUGUCAUUGUGAGACGUAAAAGGACACACCGGGGAAAAAUGUGUGCUUUGUCAGUGGUCCACCACUACCCAAAGCAAAUUUCUUCCAACAUUCAACUGCUCUCCAGACACAAUCCGCUUUUCUAUUUGUCAAUGUGAAAUUAUGCAAUUUUUAUUUUGGGGGGGAGGGUUGGGGGAGGGGUCUCAUUUGCUUAUCUUUUCGACGUGUGGGUUUAUGUUGUUGUCUGUUGCUCUUAAUGUGCACUAACAUGUCAAAAAAGGAAAGUUUUUGUAUGUUAAAGAACAAAAGAUACAAAUAUUAACAAGAAUGGAAAGCCUAAAAGACUCAAAGAAAAUAUGUGACGUUGCCUCCCUUGCCAAAGCGAUAUGCAACAUUUGAUUUUGAUUUUUUUUUUUUAACUGCAUGUGGAAUGGAUAGAUUAAGCAUGUUUCUGUUUCCUUCAACAAUAACUUUUAAAUAUACA